UGCGCCCCCGGCCCCUGCUCCAGUAGAGGCCCCCCGCAGCCAUCUUUCUUCCUGGCGACGGCGUCCCUGCCCCCGUGCGCAGGCGCAGAGCGACGGUGCGCAACCAGCUAAGAACCUUCCUGCCAGGCCAGGCGCGGCAUGGCGACCCUGCUCUUGCGGGCGGCGGCGGCCGCGCUCCCCCUGCUCCGGGCCGGGCCCCGCGCCGCGCCCCCGCCGGCCUUCUCCUCGCUGCUGGCCGGGCCCCCCCGGGCCACACCGCGGCCCCCGCUCUGGGCCGGCCCCGCGCCCUGCCUGCAGCCCGCGCUGGGCUUCAAGACCAAGGGCGUGCUCCGGAAGCGCUGCAAGGACUGCUACCUGGUGAAGAGGCGGGGCCGGUGGUUCGUCUACUGCAAGACCCACCCCCGGCACAAGCAGAGGCAGAUGUAGCCCCGCAGAGCGACGCGCAGGCUGUCACCGCGUCCUUGCCUUGGGAAGUGGCUUCGCCGGUCCAGAGAAGUGCGAGCCGGAGUCAGGAGGAUGCGACUCGUAGCAAGUGCCUUCCGUGUUACUUACUACUCUUCCCCGAUCUGAUGUGUUUUCGUGGUUAGCUUACCGUUAAGGACGAUUUGCAAUAAAAGUAAAGACACCUUCUGAA